AUGACGCUGCGAUGUAGCCUCAACGACACGGCCAUGACGGUGAAUGCUGGCCUGGUGGGUCGCCGUGACGUCACUCAGACUCUGAACAACGUGCAGCACGUGACGUCGCUGGUGGUCACUCGCAAUAACGGCGAGCAAGUGGCCUCCGUAACCCAGUUUGACCCGGCCAAGGCUUUGGUUGACCUGGCCAGUUUGCAAGUCACGGGGGAUGUCUCCGGCACUUCAGGGGAGAAGGGGUACAUUGAGCUGACAUGGCUGUACCCGUCUGCUGCACAAGCCGGAGAGUACGUGUGUGAGGUCAACGCUAUAGGGGACGUGGGUCACAACAUUGUCUUCUCUACAACCCUGGAGAUUGGCGUCACCACGCCUACUAUUGAUGACCUGGUGAACCAUAUCAAGGAUCUGGAAAACGAUACAUCUUCCACCAGAACCAAGAUAGACCAGAUCAAGAACGAUAUCUCUGCCGUGCAUUCGCAGUUGGCCAAUUGCUCCAAAGCCACACACACGGAGACGGGCAUUCUGCACUGCGGAGACUCCACCCACUGGGUCAAAUCGGGCCAAUGGGAUCGCAACAACUUCAUCUCUCACAAGUUCCAGUACCCUUACGACCAGCCGCCUAUCGUCAAACUAGGCAUCGUGUCUUUAGACCACGACAACAACGCCAACACUCGAUUCGAUGUGGAGCUCACCAAGGUGGACGAGAACGGCUUCCAGGUGGAGUGUCAGACCUGGGCCGACUCCAGGCUUUUUGACAUCUCCGUCAGCUGGAUCAGCAUGUCAAAAUAACUAGUUCAUCUGGAUAAGCAUGUCAAAAUAACAAGGUCAUCUCGAUCACGAGUCAAAUAACUAGGUCACAAGGAUCACCAUCACAAAGUAAGUUGGUGACGUGGAUCAGCGUGAAAAAAUAGCUAGGUCAACCGGAUCAGUAUGUCAAAAUAACUAGGUCAUCUGGACCAACAUGACAAAAUAACCAGGUCACUUGGAUCGUAUAUCAAAAUAACCAGGUCAAAUGGAUCAUUAUGAAAAAUAAUUAAGUCACCUGGAUCAGUAUGUCAAAAUAGGUGGAGCCCAUGUAGCGAAAUGGUUUCAUCCACCACAUCAAGGAAUAA